AUUGCGCACAUCAUGUCACUGACGAUUCGGUGCCACCUUGCCAUAUCAAGAUCUAAUCGCAUACCGGCACUCCCCAUCACGCUAACCCAUCGCAUGACUCACACCACCACAAGCACGAGCACAACCACGACCCGCCAGUCCGGAACUGAAGCUGCCCCACCAUCACCCCCCACUGCCACUGCCGGAGACCAGCGCUCCAACAACCAUUACCACAACACCCCUCCCCGUCUCUCACCAGCCGGAGCCAAAAUGGCAAACUCAAAGUACCCCACACACCCCUCUCUCCCUCCCUCCCUCCCUCCCUCCUACAGCCAUAGCCCAGCUAACCACCUCCGGCCAGAUACGAGUACACCCGCGCCUUCGAAAACCCGCGCUACCUCCUACCAAACACCUACGUAAUCCUCCGCCUGGACGGCCGUUCCUUCACCAACUUCAGCGCGAGUCAGAAGUUCCAAAAACCCAACGACUCGCGCGCCCUCGACCUCAUGAAUGCGAGCGCGGCCGCGACCCUGAAAGCCAUUCCCGAGAUCCUGAUAGCCUACGGCGCAUCCGACGAGUUCUCCUUCCUGCUCUCGCGCGAGUGUGCGCUGUUCAAUAGGCGCGAGGACAAGCUGGUGAGCACGGUCGUGUCGACGUUCACGGCGUGGUACGUCUUUCUCUGGUCGCGCCACUUCACCGAGGAGGGGGAGGAAUUGCAGACACCACCCAGCUUCGAUUGUCGUGCAGUCUGUUAUCCGAGUGUCGGGAACAUCAGGGAUUAUUUUGCCUGGAGGCAGGUGGAUGUUCAUAUCAAUAAUUUGUAUAACACCGCGUUUUGGGCCCUUGUGAUUAAGGGUGGGGUUGCUGGGAAGGAGGCGGAGGUUGAGUUACGGGUACGCUACCCCCCCCCCCUCCCCUCAGACGAGCGGCGGUGGUGCUGGAAUGGCGGUAAAUAAUAGGAAGGGUAAUCACUAGGGAACACUUGCAGCGGACAAGAACGAAUUGCUGUUCUCGCGCUUCGGGAUUAAUUACAAUAAUGAGCCAGUGAUGUACAGAAAGGGUAGCGUGGUGUACAGAGACUAUCGGACCCCAGAGGAUGAGGACGCAGAAGGAGCAGAGCCCAGCGCCUCCGUUAAACCGCCAAAACAGCGCAAGCAGAAAGAGGGUGAGCGGGGAACCACAGCAAUCCAAGAACGUAAGUUAAAAACACCUAGGGAGGAGGUAGGAAGGCGUGCGGGAAAGGCAAGGAUAGUAACGGAGCACGUGGACAUAAUCGGCGACGCGUUCUGGGAGAAACGACCUUGGCUGCUGGGGAGUGGGAAUUGAUGGAUGGAUGGAUGGAUAGAUGCAGAUAGACAACUCACAUGGACCACAGCGAUCACGGACCACUGUAAGUAAGCUUGAGACUGAUGGGACAAUAGAGAUUUGGAAACAGGACGAGUGAUAUAGUGUGAUGGGGAAUCACGUCAUGUGCAGUACGUGACGC